ACAAUUUGCUCGCUGCUGUUAACGGUUAACCAUCGGCAGAAUGGUUGAUUUAAAUAAUGAAACAACAAAUAUUACAGGAUUAAAUGCAAUGCUUAUUCGUUAUGAAACGUGUAAGCGUUUACUGUGGUGAUGACCGACAGUAACUUUACCUGACAGUGCUAAAAACCACUUAGCGGCUAUCAUCUGUUAAUUAACGUCGUAAUGGCCGUUCUCUUGUCUCUGCUGUUUUCAUCUGCUCGUCUAGUUACACCAUCUCGGUUACGACUUUGGGAGCUCUCCGUUUGCAAACGGAAAACAUGGCUCUCCUUGUCCGUCCAACGUUGUUACACGCCGGACACUUCAAACUCAUCAGUUGAUCGUCUCAGCUCUGGACUUGAGAGGUACAAGGACUUGCAGGAGUAUUUCAACAGGAGACUGAAGGCAACAUACCACAGGUUCUCCAACAUACCUGAUCACACAGUGGUCUGUGGACAUCACCAUGUGUAUUUCAUUGAAGGUGAUGGCAUCUACAGAAUGGACAAGAGACAAAGUGAGCCGGAGCCAGAGCAGGUGCUAAAUCUAGGACAAGUCUCUGGACAGGAGGAGAUAGAACUUGAUAAUGAAGAGAGGAAGCAGAGGUUUCAGUGGACUGUACAGAGAAUACGUCUGUCCCCACAGGAAAAGCAUCUUGCUGCUACACUAAAAGCAAAUCACAGAGAAGAGCUGAGGUGUGUGGUUGUGAGGCUUGGAAAGAGAAAUUCCUCUCCUCUGGAUCCCCAACACGUUGAUUUCACACUGGACAAAGUCUUCAGCUUUGAGUGGGCCACAGAUGAGGUCCUGUUUUACACAACUCUGGAGGGUCUACGCUGCAGCAGAGUGUUUCGUCUGGACCUGACCUCCAGCGGAAGCAGGAUAACCUCUGUGUAUGAGGAAAGACAUCCUGAUGUGUUUGUGGAGGUUGCCCUUUCCAGAGACCGACAGAUCCUGAGCAUCAACUGCAACAGCAGGACCAGUUCAGAGGUGCUGCUCAUUGAUAUAACAUCCCAUUUAGAGCCUUUCCUGGUUCAGCCAGGCCAACAGGACCUCCUGUACCAUGUGGAGCACUGGAGAAGCUGGCUGAUUAUACUGGCUAGUACAGGGCCUGGACAGGAGUAUCAGGUAGUGCAGGCCCCUCUCUCAGAGCCAUCCAUGGUCUCCUGGGUGCCUUUGUUUGCCCCUGGCCCUGGCACUGCAGUCAAAGACAUGGAUGUGGUCGGAGACCACUGUGUGCUUGUUGCAAGAAAACCAGCCGGUGAACUUGUUCUGAUUGUGGUCCCGCUGACCCAUCCCAAAGAAGUAUACACUGUACAGCUCCCCUCCUGGGCCUGUGCCAUCAAAACCAAGAAACCAGACAUCGCAGACCAACGCAGUGUGUUAGAGUUCUUGAUUUCAUCUCCAGUCCGCUCCCCGGUGCCCUACUGUCUAUACCCCGAGGAUGGGCUACUUUUAUCAGGCACCGAAGAUGGGUCCUCCACAGAGAACCGGGGCAAUUAUACCACCACACGUUUGGAGACCCCCAACCAAGAUGGUACCUUGGUGCCAGUGACACUGUUUCAUACAGUACCUAUGGAAGGUUUGAGACAGACACCACUACUGGUCCAUGUCUACGGAGCUUAUGGCAGAGAUCUCAACAUGGAGUUCUGCCCAGAAAAAAGGCUGCUGCUGGAGCAGGGCUGGGCUCUGGCUUACUGCCACAUCAGAGGUGGAGGAGAGCGGGGUCUGUCCUGGCAAAGACAAGCUCGUGUGGAGGGGAAGCAGAGAGGAGUGGAUGACCUCCAAGCCUGUCUCCAUCACCUUUUCUCUUUAGGAGUCUCCUCUCCGUCACUCACUGCUCUUACAGCCUGCAGUGCUGGGGCUGUGCCAGUGGGAGCGCUGUGCAACAGACACCCACACAUGAUGCGGGCUGUCACGCUGCAGGCUCCUUUCCUAGAUGUGUUGGGAACUAUGGAGGAUCCCAGUCUGCCUCUAACUUUGGAGGAUAGAGAAGAAUGGGGUGACCCAGUAGGAAACCCAAAACACAGACUCACCAUCUCCUCCUACUGUCCCCUUCACAACAUUACUCCUCAGUGCUACCCCUCGAUUCUGCUGACGGCCUACAGCGGUGAUGCCAGGGUUCCUCUGGCAGGCGUCCUCAAAUACAAUGAGCAGCUAAAGAACGCCAUUCAUACACACUUCAGCAUGAAGCCAAAGUCUGAAUGUGAGCCAGCACCAAACAUAGUUCUGAAUAUCCAACCUGGAGUAAAUCACCUCGGACCAGAAGACUUUGAAGUGAUGCUGGAGGAGGAAGCCCUCAAGCUAGCAUUCCUAUACACAGAGCUGGGCCUGGACCCUCCUCGGCCUCCACCCAAGAGGAAGAGAUAACAAGGCUAUCAGGAAGCAGUCAGGAAUCAAACAACGACCCAAACAUCUACCAUUACGGCCACGA